CUGACGAGUUGGCAACUUUUUCGGGUGUUCCGUGGAGAUCGAAAUCAGCUCCCAAAAGCCGGAAUAUCCGCGGUGCGCGAUGGCGAAAAGUGUAGAACUUCUCGAUAUUGAUGUGGAUAAGCUGUUUAAACAGCACAAUGUGGCCGAAAUCGAUCUCGUCCAUAAGCGCCUGCAGGGCGAGAUUGAGCUGAAGCGAGAAGAGCUACGCACGAUGGUUGGUGAGCGCUAUCGCGAUCUGCUGAAGGCUGCCGAUACAAUCGGAGAAAUGAAGCAAACGGCGAGCACGAUCAUCGAAAACAUCGAUCGAAUAACGGCUCGCUGCCAGCAGUUGAACGAACACAAUCUGAUCGGAUUUCGGCGUUCCGGCAAUGACUACCAGCGGCUGCAGAAGAAACAUCAUAGUGACCAAAGCUUUCACGGGGUGAUCGUACAAAUCAAGCUACUCACCAGCCUUCCGGAAAUGAUUUGGAGCUGUAUCGAUCGAGAGGAUUACUUCGUCGCCACGCAACUGUUCAUCUUCGCACGGCACGUGUCGACUGGCUUGAACCUGGACACGGAGCGCGAAACGGCACGAAAGUUUCCGGUUGCCGCCAAACAGUGGCAAGUGCUAAGUCAGUUCUUUUACACCAUCCAGCAGGCCUGCCUGGAGUCGCUUGGGCGUGAAGAACUGUCCGUACCCGUGGCAUCGAAAAGUUUAGCUAGCUGGUUACUACUUGAAUCUUGCCCUGUUGAACGAGUGCUGGCAGUUUUUACCGAACGCCGUUCGAAGGCGUUUCUUGCCGUGCUGGAAGAACAUGGUCCUGAGGCGGAACGUUAUGGGAAGGUUAAGGAUAAACUUCUGGCCAGUCUGCGGGUUUUGAUUGGUACGGUACGUCUGUUCUACGAGUGCUUUCUCGAUGAUGGAUUUACUCAAGGGGAAGGAACGGUCGGUGGUGGGUUUCAGCGCGAACUGCAUCAGAUAACGGAUGAUCAGGCCGUACCAACGAUCGAACUGAUCCGUUCGGAAGAUCCCAUGAUACUGCAGAUGGUACCGGAGGUGAUAAGUAAGUUCCGGCCCCGGUUACAGCCCAGUUUCACCUCGGAACUUGCCGAAUCAGAGAUACGACGUAGCGCGAGUGGUUUCGUUAAAAGCAUCGAAGAUGCGAUCAGUGAACGGUUGCGCCGAUUGGUAAGCCUUGUGCCGUCGAUAAAAACCCUCCACGAUAUCAAAACACAGGCAUACGCGAUAGAAAAACCUUCCAACUGGACGACCAUUACGGGACGGUUGGGCCUCGAGGAAGGAAUCGACUUCUACGUCACGUUCUACCAGCGACUGAUUAACGAUCGAGUGCAGUACAUCAUUAAAUCUUCUUGGAGCGAAACGGUACGCCAAACGGCAGCCGAACUGUUACAAUUGCUGCAACAGCCACCAAGCACUGAACUGAAGGCGUUCGUUUGGCGCGAAUCACUGGAAGAUGUGCCCCUAAAUCUUCAAGCGGCUCUGGAGCGCACGAAUCCGGCCGCGCGCAAACUAGUGAUGAAGGCAAGAGCAUAUCCACCAGCAUUCGUGACACUGCUGAAUGCUUUCAAUGAACGAGUUCUCGCUCUCGUUCGCGAUGUUGCGUCAUUUCUGGCCACUUCAACGCGCACAGAAGUCGACGAUGUGCUGGCAUUCUUUCGUGAGUGCUGCGUGGAAGGUGUGGCCGAGCUUGUAACGACUAUCAAGUCGGCCGCUGGCUUUGAGCCGACGGUCGAACGAUACGCACUGUUGGCCCGCUUUCUUAUUGCCAUUGCCGAGCUGUGUCCGGCAUUGCGCGAAUGCUUCCUACCCAACACGACCGCCAGCUCAUCGAUCGGCAGCGUGUGGAGCCCCGUCGCACGAACGUCUCUGCUUUCCCCGGCAUCAGCCGCCAUCACCGUAUCCGAGGAAGAUCCAGAGCGAUGGGCCAAGGUGUCCGGAUUGCUCGAAGAGGAAAGUCUUCGCUUUUGGAGCGUUUGGGUCGAGCGCUUCCACGAAUCUUGGCCCUCGCUACCGGUUGAGGUGGGGUAUGGAACGCUGCUGAACGACUUCCCGUCCUGGGAAACCGUAACGAUCGAGGAGAACGAUGAAAACAAUCAACCGAUCCAGUCUACGAUCCGUGUUCCCUCGCUACCCAGUAUACCGCUGCAGCGGUUCCUGCAUCACGUGUGCGAUCUACUGAACGAAGCCAUUCCACAGACCAUCCCGCGAGCCAUCGUAACCCAAAUUGUCGAACUGCUAACGACCGAUCUACGGCGGUACUACGAGCAGCUGGCCGCCGUUGAGUUUACGGUGCAGAACCAAAGUAUCGCGCUGCAGUACUAUCUCGAUCUACGGUUUCUCCAGCUUAUGUUUGUCGGUCGCGAACAGAAGCAACUAUCGGAGCAAUUCACGCAAUUGACCGCACGGUUCAAGUCGUACGUCGAUCCGUUCGAUUUCGACGUAUUCUAUGCGCAUCUCAAUACGAACGUGAAGCGAUCGGUGGGUAAGCUGCAACAUUUCCUCGGGGUACUCGUAUGCCAGCCGGAACAGCUGAGCACGCUCGUCGGUGGUACGUUAACCGGUCAGGGCGGGAAAGUGCCGUUUGAUAAAAAUGCCAACAUACUGGCGCUCAGCUCGAACAGCAUGAACGUUGCCUGGUUCCCGCUGCUUCCCAUCGUCAGCAAGGAUUUGACCGUAGCCAGCGGUGCGCCGUUGGGUUCCGAUUCAGCGAUUCUGGUGGACACAAAGGCGGACCAAAGCAAGAAGUGGCCCUCAUCCAAGACGGAAUCAGCUGGCACAACGGAUCAACGCAGCAACACCGCCAACGUGAGCACUGGGAAGCAGUCGGGUAAGGAACCGUCUGCCACAGGCGGUGCAUCUGCUGCUGCAGGUCCUUCGACAUCAUCUGCGGCCACGGCGCAGAAUUAUGCCAAAGGAGCUGCGGCGUUCUUCGGACUUGACAAGGAUUGGUUCCGGUGAACGGAACAGCCGUAGACCCACAGUUCUCAGAAUGAUCCCAGUCCCCGUUGCUUUUAUUAUUUAAAUGUCUUUAUUGUUGUUUCAAUUAUAAGCUAAUAAACAAACAAUAUAUGUAAAAAC